UGCUCUCUCUCUCCGUUUCUCUCUCUUCUCUCUCACUGUUCUCUCGGUCUCCCUCUCUCCGUUUCCGAGUUGCUCCUACGAUUGUCGGAUUGGCGGACUCUCUCCUCUCUCUCUGUUCUCUCGGUCUCCCUCUCUCCGUUUCCGAGUUGCUCUUACGAUUGUCGGAUUGGCGGACUCUCUCCUCUCUCUCUGUUCUCUCGGUGAGAUUGGGUUUCUUCUCGUUAGGGUUUUCUGAUUUCGUCGUUGGAUUGUGGGAUUGCCGGUUGGAGCUCAUUAGAUCAAUAGCCUCUAUGGAAGGGGGGGAAAGUAUACUGGAUGCCUUAAACGAAGAGGAUAACUUUGAAUAUGAUGAAGACAUUGAAAUGGUUGAUGUUGAAGAAGGGGAGUUAGUGGAGGAGAAUUUGCGAAAUGAUUUGGGUCAAAGCAAUGCUGGUGAAGUCAAUGUAAAUAAUCAAGAAUCCCAAAGUAAAAAUCGCAAGCGGAGGGCGAACAAGAAGAAGAACAAGCGAAAGAGGAGCGGCCCAGAUCCCAAUGUCACGGACAUAAACAGAUUUGUGUUAGAUACAUGCAGACGACUUAAAGAGAAGAAAUCAUACAUGGUUUAUACUGCUGUUGGAUGUUUGGGAAUUUCUGCAUUAUGUGACCUCAUCAAGGAGGUGGAUGCAGUCCAGGCUUGUGGUGGUCAGAUGACUGCAGAUGGCAGACGAUUUCGAACAGGCGGUGGCAUAUUAUGGAGCAUCGUCAAAGCGCGAGAACCAAAAGCGUACAAAGAGAUGAUGAAUAAAGCAAAGGAAUUUGAGAAGCAAUUUAAGCUACCAUAUUCGAAGCAAGCAAGAAGGCAAAGAAAAGAUGGCUCGUCUGAAAACGUUACUGAUGCACCCAUGAACGGAACAACAUCCAAUGUUUCAAAUGCUCUACAAGUCCAGUCGGAAGUGCAGAAUCAAAACGAGCAGUCAAACGAUGAAGAGAAUCGAGUGUCUGUCGGUGAUAGGUUAAGGAUACCUGUUUCUUAUGAUGAUGACCUGCUUGGAGGUGAUCCGAAAGAUGAUACAGCUUGAUUCUCAAAACAAAUUAUUAUUAAUGUUUGGAGUUUUUCUAGCAUUGAUUUCGCUCAAGAGGGCCGAGAAUAAAGAGAAUUGUUAUUAUUGUUAUUAUUUUUCGUGUAAGCAACUAUUGUAAGAGUUUCUGAGUGUAUCAAUGCUAUAAAAUUUUGUUUGAAGAGAAAUUAUUCU